AUGGCCGGACCUUCAUUGAUCCAGCGUAAACCGAAGAAAUUACGCAAAAGACUGGGCAAGCCACUGCGUAAUUUUAAACUGGAUCUUGAUGGUUUGAUAAACAUGCUCAACACUCUUAAGAAUAAGUUAAAAUGCCAGAAAAAUCUCAGAUUGUGUUUUGGGGAUGACUCGCCCGUAAAGAAAACCAAACAAGUCGAUGAUGCGAUACUCUUUGAGAAAUUCCAUCGCAUGGCAGAUGAACUCGUCAGCGAUGACGAAGAUCUUCUGGAGAAUUGCCAUCGCCUUGCCGAGAAAUUUGCAAGGCUGAAAGUCAAGAAGUCUGACGAUGUUGCGGGACUUUGUGAGAAAGAACUCGUGAGGGUUACCGAAACAUUUGAAACGCCGAAACUGAACAAGGGUUCCCAGCCGGAUUCCAAGACUGAGGAAGAUGUCAACCUUAUGGAUAUCUCGUUCGUCUCCCUAAACCUGGGUGGGGAUGAAAAUGAGGAAUUUUUUAAGGCUUGCCAGCGAAGUGCCAAGAAAAUUGAAGUGACAAACGGAUUCAAGGAAUCCCAGGAGGAUUCGGAAAAUAAGGAAAAUGAGAACAAAAUAGAUAAACUAGAGUUACCUUUUAAGCCAAUGGAAAAAAACCAGAUAGUGAAGAAAACCCCUCAAAAAAUUGAGGGAAAAACUGAAAAACUCCAAACCACAGAAAAGAUUGAGAUAGUUCCAAAGCCACUACAGAUUGAUAUAGUUCCAAAGCAACUGGAGAUAAAUACAGAGGAUGCCGAAAUAGUUCCAAAGCCACUGGAAAACCAAGAACUGAAACAGUACAAAGUUCAAAAGAAUCCUCAGGUUCAGCGUAAGUUGGAAUUCCUUAGGAAUUCCCCCACCAAGAACCUUGAGCUGCCGCCCAAAAUCUUCACACCGCAAACCGCAACCAACCAGGAAAUGACAGGGAACAAUGAGGAUAUUGAAGAGGGGGAAAUAAUCAACGAUGACUGCGUGCUGCUAGAGCCUCCGAACGUCCCUAUAAACAAUGAUGGGGACAAAAGCCAGCCAGAUACUAAACCAAUUUCAACAGAGAAAGGCUUUGAGGCUUCGCUAACCAUCGAAAACAACUGUGAUUCGGUGAUUCCUCUGAAGGACUCUAUUGGGGGAGAGAUAGUUACCAUGCAAAAAGACAAAGGAAAUCGAAAAUCGGACAAACCUGUGGAGACAAUCGGCCAUCCAAACUGGAACAAGCGUAAUAUUAUAAUUGAUGGCAGCAAUGUGGCCUUUGCUCAUGGCAGAAGCACUUGUUUCUCCUCGGAGGGCCUCCAGUAUUGUCUGCAAUAUUUUAGCAGAAUGGGACACGAUGUCAGGGCAGUGGUGCCAUUGUUUCGUCGCAACGCCUUCCAAUCGAGCAAUCCCCAGCUCCUUGACCAGCUGUACAAGGGGGGAAAGAUAUGGUUUACGCCAUGCAAGAACUUUUAUGGUCAUAAAUCAGUCAGCUAUGAUGAUCGCUUGCCUACGAGAGAAAUGCGGCCGUGGUCUCCAAUGACAACUACCGAGACCUGAUUAACGAGAGUCCUGCCUUCAGGAUGAUCGUGGAGACUCGUGUAAUUGGAUACACUUGGUGCGAUGAUGUAUUCAUGCUGCCCAAAGAUCCCUAUGGACGCAGGGGACCAUCUCUCGAUCAAAUCCUCCACUUCUGAGUCGAUUUUCAUUAUCACAAUGCUUAUAAUAUCUACUUAAUCAUAGUCCUUUUGUAUACGAAAA